AUGAACAUCGGUGCUGUCCAGCAAGAUCUUAAUGUAAAUAUUGAGAACGGUCUGAGCACCAGCGAAGCCGAGAAGCGCCUGGCCGAAUACGGCACCAACGAGAUGCGUGGUGGCGGCCGGCCCAGCGCCUUCAAGAUUCCUGAUUGGAUUGAAGCUGCUGUCGUCAUCGCCAUCAUCAUCCUCAACACCGCCAUUGGAUUCUUCCAGGAAUUCAAAGCCGAGAAGACCAUGGACUCACUGCGCAAGAUGUCGUCCCCGACAUCCCGUGUCCUGCGCAAUGGUCAUCAGAUUGUGGAUCCCUACGAUCGAUCCUUGUUCCUGGCGACGUCCUGUAUCUCGAGACCGGAGACUGUGGUCGGCGCUGACUGCCGGCUGUUCGAGGCCCUGCCGAUUUCCAAGGAGGUUGAUUCCUUCACUGACCCCGAGUUGCCGCUGGGCGACCGCAUCAACCUGGCCGCGCCAAAGGCUGUUGUCUACGCGACCGGCAUGGCAUCCGAGGUCGGUAAGAUCGCCAAGAAGCUCAUGGAGAGCGACAAGCCCAAGAAGACCCCGCUGCAGCGUGGACUCGACAAGAUGGCCUGGGUCCUGCUGGGCGUUGCCAUCAUCUCAGUGCUGAUCGUCUUUGGCGUCAACAAGUUCAAGAUUAGCAACGAGGUCUGGUUGCCUAUCGUCACGCUGACCAUGGCUCUGGGCGUCCACACACUGGCCAAGAAGCGCGCGCUGGUGCGCCAGCUCGUGGCUCUUGAGAGCCUUGGCUCAGUGACAAACAUUUGCUCGGACAAGACCGGAACCCUGACGCAAUCCAAGAUGGUCAUGGUGCGUGCAUGGCUGCCCAUUGAGGGCUUCUUCCGCGUCGCCGGCCUGGGAUUCGAGCCCGUCGGCGAGGUCACCACCGAGACUGUGUGCACUGAGGAACUCAAGACUGACGUCAACUUCGAGACCGAGCCUCUGGUGUCGGACUCCAAGAAGACCGUGGUCGUUACCAAGGACAACAUGUCACCUGUGUUCCGCAGGCUGACCGAGGCUGCUGCCCUGUGCAACAUGUCCGAGAUCAAGAAGGACCAGGAGACCGGUGACUGGUUCGGCAUCGGCGACCCGACUGAGCUGUCGAUGGGCAAGCCAACGCUGACCAACGACGAGCACCAGUGGAAGAUUGUUUGCGAGUACCCGUUCGAUUCGAGCAUUAAGCGCAUGAGCGUCGUGAUCGAAAACCGCAUCACCGGCGAGAAGCUGCUGGUGCUCAAGGGUGCCACCGAGCGCGUUGUUCCCUGCUGCUCGGCGGUCCAGGAGGGCAGGCACGUUGUCCCCAUCUCCCCCGACCAGCUGCAGCCGUACCUGGACCCGCAGGUUGAGAGCAUGGCCCGUGAUGGUCUGCGUGUGCUUUCGAUUGCCUUCCGCCCGCUGACCGAGCAUGAGCUCACUGAUGUCGAGCAGAACAUGACGUUCCUGGGCCUUGUUGGUAUCUACGACCCGCCGCGCCCCGAGUCGCGCCCCAGUGUCCUCGAGUGCUACCGCGCUGGCAUUCAGGUCACCAUGCUGACCGGCGACCACCCCGAAACCGCCGCCGCCAUUGCGCGCCAGGUUGCUAUCCUGCCCGAGGAGAACUCUGUUGAGCUGACCGACAAGAGCCCAGCGCAGCACCAGGCUGUGACGAUGGGCCCGCUGGUUAUGACUGCUCGCGAAUUCGACCGCAUCCCCGAUACAAAGGUCAAGAUGAUCCAGGCCAUGCAUCGCCGCAACGGCAUUGUGGCCAUGACUGGCGACGGCGUCAACGACUCGCCCAGCCUCAAGUUUGCCGACGUCGGCAUUGCCAUGGGCAUGGCUGGUUCGGAUGUCGCCAAGCAGGCUUCAGAGAUCAUCCUGACUGAUGACAACUUUGCCACCAUUGUGCGUGCAGUGCGUGAAGGCCGCCGCGUGUUCAGCAACAUCCAGCGCUUCUGCUGCGUGCUGGUUGCCGGAAACGUCGGUGAACUCUCGUGUCUCCUGCUUGGCUUGGCCUUCAGUGACACGAAUGGCGAGACUGUGUUCCCCCUGUCACCGGUGGCGAUCCUGGUCAACAAUCUCCUGACCGGUACGCCGCCGGCCAUGGCCCUUGGUGUCGAGAAGGCGUGGCCGACGAUCAUGGACGAGCCCCCGCGUUCGACCUCCAGCGGCCUGUUUUCGUGGGAAGUGCAGUCGGACAUUGUGUUCUAUGGUCUCUCCAUCGGCAUGCUGUCGAUCGUCGACUUCUGGCUGGUCAUCAGCGGCUUUGGCAACGGCGACAUGGGCGAGCACUGCAACAUGGAGUACAAUGACAGCUGCGAUCUGGUGUACCGGGCGCGCGGCACUACCUUUGCUACCCUGACUAUUGCCAUCCUCCUCCACUCGUACAACUGCCGCCGCCUACGCGGUCCCAUGUGGAACUGGAGCAUGAUCAAGCGGUUCCACGAGAACAAGUUCCUGUUUGGCGGCUUCAUCAGCGGUACCAUCCUGUGCAUCAUGUGCCUCUACAUCCCUGGCCUCAACACCCGUGUGCUGAAGCUCAAGGGCAUCAGCUGGGAGUGGGGCGUUGUGCUCGUCACUCUGCUGGUGUUCCUCAUCAUGUCCGAGCUGUACAAGCUGGCCAAGCGCAAGUUCCUCAAGCCCAUCAAGGUCGCCACUGCUGAGCAAGAGCGUCUGCAGCGCAUCUGGACCGAGAACACGCUGGCCAGCAACGACAACGACUACUCUGGCAAGAAGUAA